AUGGGUCUCAUCAAGCGAUUCCUGAAGCUCUCCACCUACGGAGGUCUCGCCUCGGCGGGCGCCUUCUUCUAUACCACGCGCAAUGACGUCUUCGUGCCCAUGCCGCCCACGGAUCCCAUUUUCCAAUCCGCCGCCUACCGCAAGUUCAAUCCUGAACAAAACCCCACCACCCAUGACCUCUGCGUGCGCAAAGUACCUUUAUCCGACAUUAACCCGAGCUUGUUAGAGAAGAAGGGCAAGCUGGCUGAAGCCUUCUGUGCUGGAGUCUGGAGCGGCUGGGGAUAUGCCUUCCAACGCGCCUACCUCGCCCGGAAAUACCAAGGUCCCGAGACCGCGAACCACCUCUGGGAACGGUCGGAAUUGAAGGCCUCCAACUACGAUGUCGGCACCCUGAUCACCGACCACUUCGAGGUUGUGGAGAAAACCCCCGAGCGGAUUGCGGUCCGCUGCGGUGAUAGCCCCCGCAAACAGGACGUCCGUGAAUCGGACGGCCUCUUCGAAAUGUCGGCCGUCGUGAAGCCCGAAGAAGGCGUUGCGGAGUUUGCUCUCAAGAGCUGUUUCUACCAAGGAAAAGGCAAGGCCGAGAGCCAGCCCAUGCCGCCACAUAUUCUCUGGCUGCACAAGCAGUAUACGAAGUUGUGGGCUGAGACAGCUAUCCGCAAUGUUCUCCGUCAGUAA